CUCAUCGCUGCAGCAGUAGAUCCUGGCUAACAGGAUGUCUUAUUUUUAAAGGAACUCAUUUUCUGAAACUGUGUCAUGCUUAGAAAUGUUGUAGCAGAUCCCUCAGGGUUCUGGUCUGAAGGGUCCAGAAGGUUCUUUUAGUGCUGAAGGUUGGAGAUACCUGUACUGUGGAGAUGAAGGAUCACAGAGAUGAAGUGGGAGGGGCUUGUAGUCCUGGCAGAGGGGGUUCAGGCAGGAGGUUCUGACCCGGCUGCCAGGGCCUGAUUGGUCGGGUUUUUCCUGAAACCUCUUCACGACCAUGUUCCAGAUGUUCUGUAGAACUACACCUUGGUUUUGUGAGCUGAGGCAGACGCUGACCCACAGCAGCAGCUGGGUUCAAAUCUCACCUUCUCCUGUCUCUCCUGCUGCAGCAGACGAGGCGUUUGUGACUCUGGUCACCUCGGACUCCAGCUCCCAGGGCGCCGCGGUCGUGGCUCGCAGCUUGCGGCGACACGGGACGACUCGGCGCAUCGUUGUCAUGGUUACGCCAAACGUCUCCGAGCAGUGCAGGUUCUCCCUGCAUGUCGACUUUGACGAGGUUGUCUCGGUGGACCCAGACCGCGGCGAGGACCAGCAUCCCUCCCCGUCUCCAUGGAGACGCCCCGAGUUCGGCCUCGCCAAGAUCCAGUGCUGGACUCUGACUCAGUUCAGCAAAUGUGUCUUCCUGGAGGCAGACACGCUGGUUCUGUGUAACGUGGAUGACCUGUUCCAGAGGGAGGAGCUUUCGGCGGCGCCUGACCCAGCCUGGCCGGACUGCUUCAACUCCGGCGUCUUUGUCUUCAGGCCGUCCCUCCAGACCCACUCCAGGAUCCUGCAGCACGCCAGGCAGCACGGCGGCGUUGGCGGAGGAGACCAGAAUCUCCUGAACUCCUUCUUCUCCGGCUGGUCGGAGGAGGACAUCCAGAAACGUCUGCCGUUCCUCUACAACCUGAUCUCCAGCUCAGUCUACAGCUACCUGCCGGCGUUCCAUCAGUUUGGCCACCAGGCAAAGAUAGUCCACUUCUCAGGAUCGGUGAAGCCGUGGAGCCGGCGGAAGGAGGACCGGUCCACGGAUGGCAUGGAGAGGUUCUACGAUUUGUGGUGGAAAGAACACCUGAGUCAGUCAGUCGGGAAACAGUCUGGCAGGAGAGCCGAGAAGACCCAGAUCUCGGAGCACCGAGGUGAGGUUCCUGUUAGAGACCGUCUGGACAUCUGCAGCUCUCUGCUGCCACACUUCACCACCCCGCCCCAGAACCAGGACCCAGAACCUCAGCCGGUCCGUCAGUCUUUGUGGUCUACUGAGAUGAAGACCCCGCCCACAGAGUCCUCACAGGUGCUGGAGGAGGCGGGAUGCUCGGAGAGACCAGAGGAUCCGCCUCCAAUUGAAGAGGCAGCCAGAGACGGAUCUGCUCCGCCUGGAGGUGGAGAUGUUCUCCUGACGUGGUCUUCCUCCCAGCAGGGGGCGGCAGAGGGGCAGGAGCUGCAGCACCGCCGGCGGUGGGAGGCCGGAGAGGCAGACUACCUGGGCAGGGAUGCCUUCCAGAACAUCCAGAAGAUGCUGGACCGCUUCCUGGACUAGGAGAUCCAGGAUCCUCCACAGAUCCACAUCCCUGUCCCGUCAUGAGCUGGUCCUGCUCUCCAGACCAGCCUGAUCUGUGAUGGAACCACAGGACCAUAAAGCUGGUCCCAGCAGCAGCCACAGCGCCCCCACAGGCGAGGCUGGUUCACUGCAUCCUCUGGUGUUUCCUGUGGAAGAACACACUCCAGAACCCCCAGCUGCCGUUCUGUGGUCCAAACCACAUCUGCCCUCCAUCAGCUGCACUCACACCCCCCCUGUGUUUCAAUGAAAGCCUCUGAAGCCUCAGCUGCUGAAGGAAAGGGCCUUUCAACCAAUCAGAGCCCAGCAAAGGUCUGGAUGGAACCAGACCAACAUUACACGUCACCAGCAUCACCCACCUAUGACCUUCCGUAACCGUUCAGGUCGGGGGGCCCAUGGUCUGUCAAAGCGGGUCGGGUUCUGUGAGGUGAAAAGGUGUGAGGGUUGACCAAUCAGGACAAAUUCUCUGAACUCAAAAGAACAAUUGAAUGAAAUGGUUUAAUUAUUCUGAACUGAAAACCAGAAAUAAAAGAAAGAAAAAGUC